AUGGACCAGGACAGAGCUCGUCGACCACGACUGGUUCCCUACAUCGAAAUCCCUCCCUGGAAGCCUGCAGGGAGGAAGAGGGCUCUCUCGUCACCCACUAAAUCCGGUGAUACCGCAGAAGCUGUGAAAGAGAGCUAUUGCCCUUCCCAAAAAAGGAGGAGGUCGGAGGAGGAGGACGAUUUUGUAGGAGACAGUCUCCCCGAGAAUGGCUAUUUUUACACCGUUAACGAAGACGAGAUUGAGGAAACCGGUGACCUAGUCGUUUAUGGAGAAACUUCACCGGAGGACGCGGACGACGGAGACAUCCCUGUCCGCUUCAUAACGGAUUUCCAUUUGUAUCGUCUCGACUCGAUGGAAGUCGUCCCUAUGUCGCAAUUGGAGCAAGGCGACCUCGAAAUGGCUAGCUAUGGAAUGUCAGGGAUAGUUCAGCCUUGGGAGGAAGAUUCUUCGGACGACGACACCCUUUCCGACAUUGAAUCGUUGCAUUUGUCUUCAUACACCGACUGGGAUCGUGUAAGGCUCACGCGGAUCGUCGAAUACGAUGUUCAUCACGUCGACCGCACUGGCGUACUAGACCCCAAACUCUACGUCCGCACCCAGUAUGCGUGGUACAUCCUCGGCGAGCCUGCCCUCACCUACCGCCCUUUCUUCGCCCCUCUGUGGACUCGCCACCGCCUCACGCACCUAUUCCUUUGUGCUGCCAUGGAAGACGCACGCCUAUCGUAUUCCGACUUGCAGAACACGCUUCCGGAACGGGACCAGCAGACGCAGGGCAUUACCACGGCAUCGGAUAUUCUGGGGAGGGAAUUUAGUGCCGAAGACCUCGAGAACGCGGAAGUCAAUUCCUACCUCGUCACGAAAGUCCUCGAUUUGAAAAGGAGGCUCAAGAUUACACGUUCUGCCCUCGUUCGCGCACUGUGCUACUCGACAGGUGAACUCGAUGAAGGGCACGUAGCGGCUUUCGAUGAUCGCAGCUCGUCAGAGUUCACUGCGAGACACAAACCCAGUGCCGGUCCCAGGCGGAAGUCGAAGGCAUUGCCGGAAGCCAUCGUUUAUACAACACCUCUCGUCAAUGCACUCUCGGAAGGACUAUUCAGUGUCCCGUUGCAAUCCAGCAAGAAGACUGUGAAUGACACGGAUGCGGCAGCUAUCAAAGACGACACUCCGAGCCAUCCGUUCAAUCCAACACAUAUUCGGUGGGGACGGGCCAUAGGGGUUAACAAGUAUAAAGAGGCCUUUGUGGAUGGUGUGAGGUACCAGAUUGGUGAUGUUGUCAUGGUGGUUCCAGAUGGGAACUAUAAUGCACCAAACAAUGUUGGUCGUACAACCAAUUACUUCGGUGAUAACUAUUGGUUUUGUCGGAUCCAGUAUUUUCAUGAUGUCAAAUCUGGUCCAGGCAUUGCCAAAAUGUUUCAUGGUCAAUGGCUGUUGCAUGGUUCCCGCACAUUUAUUGGUGAACUCUCUCAUCCAGGCGCAUUGUUUGUUAUUGACAGUUGUGGGGACAAUCCUAUCAACUGCAUUUUUAAGAAGUGCAACUUCAAAAUUCUGCGUCCAGGUGAUGAUGAGCCCCAGGUCCAUUCUGAUCCAAAUGCAAAUGAAUUCCACUGUGGUCUCAUGUAUGAUGAGGAGCGGUUGAAGUAUUACAACCUACCAACCUCCUUUGAGAUCCUAUCUCCAGGAGACUGUUAUGGGUGCUCUGCUUUAGAAAUGGCGGAGAGUAUGGGAGUGCCUAAGAGGAUCGGAAAGAUGUCAUUCUCCUAUGGUGGUAUCGUAUACCAUCAGAAUGAUUUUGUCUACAUCAUUCCAACAGGCAAUAGGACUAGACUCCUUGAGAUUGCUCAGAUCUUGGCUGUUCAUGAUGAUGGCCUAAGACUGAGCAUUUCUGUCCAGUAUCUGGAGCGUUACACAAAGUCACUCAGAUGCUUGGAACCAGAAGACUUCACCAGAGCACCAGCUUCUAGACUCUUUUAUGAUGAGCGCCGGCUUGUCCUUUCAAAUCAUGAAGGGACAGUCUACCCUCAUUCACUAAGUGGUGUCUGUUUUGUCCAGUUAUUGGAUGAUCAGAACAGGAUUGAUGACUGGGUUAAAGAUGAUGACCACUUUUAUGUGGAUCCGUCAUCCCUACCAUCAUCCAAGACUCUGCUUCCCUGUGACAUCUGCCUUUCAAGUCAUAAGGCUACUCUCCAGGAAAUCCAGAGAUUUAUCCACAGUGAUAAAAAAGCUGUUGCUAUGGAGCUUUUUGCAGGAGCUGGUGGUUUAGGACUUGGGAUGGAGCUAUCCCAAUUUGUUGAAACCAGAUAUGUGAUCGAGUUUUCUGAUUCUGCUGCUUUUACAUAUCACAAAAAUCACCCUAAGGCUAAGGUGUACUGUCAGGACACCAAUCUCUUGUUAAAGCAGGCUGUAGAAGAGGACAGUGGAAAGGCAUAUGUUCCACUUGAAUCACUAUGCAGCCAACUGGAGUGUCCUAAAAUGCCGUCCCGACAAGAGAAUAUUGAUUUUAUUUUGGGUGGUCCUCCAUGCCAGGGAUUCAGUCGUGCCAAUCAUACUAGGAAAGAAAAUGACAUUCGGACCACCAUGCCUGUCAACAUGCUUAGCUAUGCUGAGCAUUAUGACCCCACUUAUUUCCUUCUGGAAAAUGUAACAGGUCUUCUUGACUUCAAGUUACGUGACCACAGGCUUGGAUCUAAUGGGGAGAUUAUUGAGAGAGGGAUGCUCAAGUUUAUUGUCAGAGCUCUAAUUGCUCUGGGUUAUCAGGUGCACUGGAAUGUCCUACAAGCAGCCCAAUAUGGGGUUCCGCAGUCACGCAACCGCCUUAUCAUUUGGGCAGCCAAACGGGGAGCCACUUUGCCAAAGUUUCCUGUUCCAACACAUGCCUUUGAGGGCAAUGGUCAUCGUCCCAAGAUUUUGGGAUCUGCUAGCAGUCUUCCUAAUGUUUCCAGGGCAUUGAUCCCGGAUGAACAUGGGAGAUACCACCAAUGUGCACCUUUUCUUCCGAUUUCUAUCUUUGAUGCCAUUGCAGAUUUGCCUGCAUUUGAGUGGUCUAAUCCUUAUCUCAUCCAACCAUAUCCCGCAAUGCAGGACACAACUCAUAGACUUUGGUUUGGCAAAAAGAUCCCUCAGCUAGAUGCUGUCUCUCUUACAGGGAAGGAGGGGGUUGAUGAUACACCUGUGGGAUACUAUAGUACUCUAGGUUCAUAUGCUAUUCCUCCCAUGAACCGGUAUCAGCAAUGGCUUAGGGAAGGAAUGAGGACAUCCCAAACACGACGAGUUCAAGGGCAGUACACCAGAACUUUCCAAGCCCAUCUAGUAGAAAGCACCACAACUGUUCCCCUGAAGGCAAAUGCCACCCACAAAGACUUGCCUCUCAGCCUUCGUCCGAAAAUGGCACUCCCAGGAGAGAAGCAAGAAAAUAACUGUUUCUACGGGAGACUGGAUGGCAGCGCUCAUUUCAAAUGUGCAAUGACCCAAUUUUCGCCGACCAUGAAAAACUCGUGGCCCCUCCAUCCACUGCAGAAGCGGGUGUACAGCGUCCGAGAACUGGCAAGAGCGCAGGGCUUCCCAGACUCGUACAACUUCUACUCCACCAGUCUCCGAGCGGGGAAAAUAGUUGACGAUGGAGAGGCUGAUAGGGAAAUGAAGCAAAUCAAGCAAAUUGGCAACGCGGUCGCUGUCCCCUUCGCGAAGGCACUUGGAAAGGAGUUGGGAAUAGCGCGCAUCGCAGACUGGCGGGAGAAGGAACGUUCGACAAGCCCGGUCUUUUAA